AUGACCCAAGACUACAAGCAGGUAGCUGCAAAAAAGGCUCAAAGCCUCCUUGACAAAAUCCCCUCCGAAUGGAUACUAGCAAAGGUUCCAUCAGCUGACGAGGAGCCCAACGCAGAGAAGUACCUCAACCGAAUUCUUCCAAGUGAAGAGAACGAAAUCACAAGCAAAAGUGCAGUUGAGCUGUUGCGGUUACAAGAGGUGGGCCAAUUAACUGCAUAUGACAUCGCAUACGCAUUCUGUCACAGAUCUGCUUUGCUGCAUCAACUUACAAAUUGCUGCACCGAAAUUUUCUAUGAUUUGGCAUUUCAAAAAGCAAAAGAACUAGAUGCUUAUUUUCUCCAGAAUAAAAAAAUGGUUGGUAAGUUACAUGGGAUUCCUAUCUCAUUGAAAGAUCAAAUAAAUUUACCAGGGAUCACUACGGCAAUUGGUUACAUUGCGCCACACAUCUCAGAAGAGUUUGAAAAGAAGAUAACCCAUAGAAGCUCCGAGAAUGAUAUAUCCUUGAUUGCGAAAAUCUUGCAAAACGAAGGUGCAGUUUUUUAUGUCAAAACAACUGUUCCUAUGGCAAUGUUAGGUGGGGAGACCUCGAGUAAUUUGGGCGAUACCUACAAUUCUUUGGACAGGCAUAUGGCUUGUGGUGGCUCCUCUGGAGGCGAAGGUGCAUUAAUUGGCGGUGGGGGAUCCAUCAUUGGGUUGGGGACCGAUAUCGGAGGUUCCAUUAGAAUCCCAAGUUACGUCCAUGGAUUGUAUGGUCUAAGAGCAAGCUCGAACAGAUUUCCUUACCUGGAUAUUGCAAACUCCUAUCCCAACCAAAUCGGUGUUUGUUCCGUUGUCGGCCCAAUUUGUAAGAAUAUAGACGAUUUGGUUUUGGUUUCAAGCGUUAUUUUAGGCCACCCUCUAUGCGACGUCGAUCCAAAGCACAUUCCGCUCAAAUGGAAUAGCAGUAAACUUGAGGAACAAAGCAAGAUCAAAAUAGGAUUCCUUAAGUGGGAUGGUGAAAUUUUACCACACCCGCCAAUCUUGAACAACAUUGAGAAGUUGAAAGAAACCUUGAGCAAAUCAGAUAGUAAUUUCGAAUGUGUUGAAAUAGAUGAAAAAAAAAUUCCUGUCAAACUUUCGACUUUGGGUAAGCUAUUAUUGAGUCUUUAUAGUACCGAUAAUUUUGAAGAAAUGGAAGAAUUCUGCAAGCUAAGUGGUGAGCCAUUUUCUAAACUUUUUCAACAAUGUUUUGCUAGACCAGGUAAGGUUGACACUGUAUCAGACUUUGCAAACAAAGUAGGUCUCAAAUAUGAGUAUCAAGUGAAGUUUGAUGAAAUCUUUCAAGAUAUCGAUUGUUUCAUCAUGCCUACUUAUUCAACAGUAUGCUGGAAACAGGGCGAAAGUGACCAGAUUUCCAACUUUUACACUAGAUCGUUGAAUGUUUUGGAUUACACUGCAAUGACGUUCUCCGUUGGUAAAGUUGAUCAGAAUGACACUGGUUUUAUCAGAGAUAAUUUCAUCAACUCGAUGGAUGAAAAGAAUUGGAAGUAUUUUAACCUUGACGACCAGUUAGGUAAACCAGUUUCAUUACAACUUGUUUGCAAAAGAUAUCACGAAGAGCAAUGCUGCGCAAUUGUUCAAAAGAUCAGAAAUAUUUUAGAAAGAGCAACUUAG